GAGCUUGCCAGGAGGUGUGGCCUUCACUGCGGCCCGUGCCUCUCCCUCGUAAGCCACACACCGCAGAGUGUGUCCUCGCACCGCCAUGCCCUCCUCGUCGACGCGAUCCUGGCGGCUGCCGACGCCCCUCGUGCUGUUGGCAUGCUCGUGGCUGCUCGCGGCGGCGGCCGCGAGCGGCGUCUCCGCAGAAGACGUGGCCGACAACCAGGUGUUUGGUGAUGGCGAUGGCGGGCUGUUCGGCAAACCCAGAAAGAUCCGCUCCGGCGAGGAGCUUCUGUCAGCCAUCGUGAGCGACUGCCUGGGCGGCGCGCUGCCCACCAUGUCCUGCCUCCGCGUCAAGGUGCUCAGCUACCUGGAUACAGUCGUCGGUUCGGACGCCGCGCCCGGCGCCGAGGUCGUGUCGGCCCGCUCCCUCGAGGACGGCACCGGCAACGCCAGGCUGGACAAGAUGAUCGUGUCCCGCCUCAGCCGCUACUUCAAGUCGCACGAGUUCAAGGUGAACCUGCCCACGAUGCUCUUCGAGGAGGGCGGCGUGCUCAGCUUCCGGCCCGCGCAGGGCAUCGACGGCCUGCAGAUGAGCUUCCCGUCAGACCACGAGGAGGGAGAGGGGCAAGGACGCGCCCUCCUGUCUCAAGGUACGAAAAAGAAAAAGCGCGGCCUGCUGCUGAAAAAGAAGCUGCUGCUGCCGGCACUUGUGCUCAUGAAGCUCAAGAUGAAGGCCCUGCAGCCCAUCUUCAUGGCGCUCAUCGGCGUCAAGGCCCUGAAGGCGCUCAUCAUGUCCAAGCUGGCGCUGACGCUGGUGCUCGGCUUCCUGCUCGUGCAGCUGCUCAAGAAGUUCGGCAUGAUGGCUCCGAUGGGCAUGGGCAUGGACGCGACCACGACCAUGGCCCCCAUGACGGCCUACGGCCCCCCGGCGCCCGUGCCCAGCUACGGCCCUCCCCCGCCCACCUACGGGCCGCCCCAGCCUUCGUACGGCCCGCCGACCAACUCGUACGGCCCGCCCACCAACUCGUACGGACCUCCGGCCUCGGGUCCGGCUUCUCCCUCGCCAGCCUCGUCGUCGCCCUCGUCGUACGAGCCGUCGUGGACCCCCUCCGACUCGGCGGGCUCCGCUAGCGGACCCUACGCCCGAGUCUGGGACGCCCACAGCCUGGCCUACAGCUCGUACCAGCCACAACGAGAUGCCUCUCCCACAGGACCAGGGGCGUCAUCGGGGUCCUCGACCUCCUCGUCAAGCACUGUCACAGCCACACAAUAUUAGAGGGACGACAAUAUGCGAGGCUCAAGGACUUAGACCUUAUAUGUGAAAGACUGGGUAGCGCGGGUAUCGGCUACCUCUGACAAGACGACACUGCCCCAAGCUUGUAGCAGGGCAACCCGACAUUCUAGUCAGUGACCAUUGACCUAAACAUGAACUCGACAGCAGCCGGGCAACAUGGCCUUGCCAUAUCACUUGACAGAUUGACGAAAAUUGACACUGACUAACUCACAACAAGUGAUUAUGUUUCCAAAACUGCUACCUAAAUUUACAACAGUACCCAACUGUACCAAUGUGCCUACUAACACAGCAAGAGCUGGCCUUUUUCA